AUGCCCUCUAAUCCUGGAAACAAGCGCGUCCGAGGCGUCUCCGUCUUCCGGCCAUUUAUCUUUGGCAGCGAAGCGCAACCCUUCGACCCCGAGAAAAAACCCGCAAACGCCCCAGUCGACCACACGCACCAAUGGCGCAUAUUCGUGAAAGGCAUCAACGGCGAAGACAUCUCCUACUGGUUGAAAAAAGUGCAGUUCAAGCUCCACGAGACCUACCCGCAAAAUGUGCGCACAGUCGAGCAACCCCCCUUCGAAGUCGUCGAGACUGGCUGGGGUGAAUUCGAGAUCCAGAUCAAGCUUUACUUUGCACCGGAGUCGAACGAGAAGCCGCAAACCCUUUGGCACAGCUUGAAGCUGCACCCUUACGGCCCUGAUGCAGAGGGUAUGAAGGAGCGCCGCGAGGUGGUUGUCAGCCAGAACUACGAGGAGGUUAUUUUCAAUGAGCCUGUUGAGCCGUUCUAUGAGAUCCUUACGGGUGGGCCGGCUAAUGGGGUGCCGAGGGGUAAAGGGAAGAACUCCAAGGUCGGGGGCCGCACGGCGGAUAUUCCUGUGGGCGAUAGUCCUAAGAAUCCGUACAGUCGGGCGACUGAGAAUAAGGAGCUUGAUCGAAUGGCCGAGGCUAGGAAGACCGUUGAGCAGAUGAUCAAGGAGGAGAAGGAUCGUCUGGUUGAGCGGGAGAAGACGCUGGCUGAGUUGCGCGAAAGUGAGGGUGUCCCCGCGAACACGAAGAGAAAAUGA